AUGGGAUCUCGCUAUGAUGACACGUAUCGAUCCUCGAUCGGCAGAGGUCCACCACCACCGCCACCACCACCACCUGGACCCCGCUGGGACUCUGAUCGCUUUUCCCGAGAGAGCGAAGACCGCUAUGGAGGCCCACCUCCACCUAUGAUGGCGCGGGAGAGGGAGCGCUCGGUGGAUUUUGGACGCAGAUUCGAGGAUCGCUAUGCGCCGCCGGCUCGGCCAGUCGACAGAGUGGAUGAGCGUUACUAUCGAGAAGAAUUGUAUAGUCCACCUGCUCGCCGUCCCGAGAGACGCUAUUAUGAUGAGGAUGACUUCUACGAGCCUCGAGGUCCAUCUGUAGGCGGUGCAAUGAUCCCCUAUCGGCCCCACAGACCGGUAGCUCCACCUCGACCUGGUUUGCUCAGGCGACAGUCGAGCCUUGAUACCUUUGAUCGCCGACCUUCAAGACGCUACGAUUAUGACGAUCGUGAUGAUUACAGGCCCAGACAACGGCCUCCGCCGGUCAUACCUAUCCCGGUCCCUCCUAGCCGAUCACCACCUCGAUACUCACGGCCGAGAAAUGCUGAAAGAGAUUAUGAGGAUAUCCGCAUUGCGGAGCCGGAAUACUAUGGGGAUGAGGAAUUUAGGGCUUACAGAGAACGAGAAUGGACCAGACAACGGAGCCGACGCCGCAGUACUAGUAGUAGCAGCAGCUCAUCCACCGAGAGGGAAGUCGAGCGCCCCAAGACUAAGACGUAUCCUCGGAAGGGAAAGACACGCAUGCCGAAGCGGCUAGCACAUACGAAGGUGCUAUUCGAGCUAGGAUAUCCUUUUUACGAAGAGGGCGAGAUGAUCAUCAUCGAGAAAGCUUUAGGGAAGGACAACAUUGAUGAGGUUGUGACAUUAAGUCGUGAGUACCGGGAUCGCGAAGGAGCAAGCACUUUCCACGUGAUCAAAUCCCCUCCAAAUGAGGAGAAGGUAACUGAAGAGAUCAUUGAGCGAAAGGUUACCACCGUGCCUAUAUCGGAGGCACCUGAGUCGGUCCGCGAGUGGGACCACUUGAAGGUCGAAAGCGUUCGAUCUGUCUCGCCAAAGGGUCGUUCUCACUCUCGUCACACUUCUCGAUCACGUCGUGGUUCUUCCCCAAAAGAAAAAAUUAUCGAGAAGAAAACCAUCAUUCGUGAAGUGUCGCCUGCGCGUACCUCACGCUCUCGACGGCAUUCGUCUGUGCCCCGCACAGAGAUCAUCGAGAGACGCGAAGUCAUCGAAGAUGAUAUGGGCGAAUCAAAUUCUAUUCAUGCUGGGCCUUUGGCGCUGGUGGUUGACCGUCAUCCCAAGACGGAUCGAGACAUCAAGGAAGAAAUUCGUGCUCUGGAGGCAGAACGCAGGGCUUUGCGUCAUGAGCGUGUCGAGAUUCGCAAACCCUCACGACAUAAAGAGGAGGAGCGAGAGAUCAUCAUUACACGGCCGGUUGAGGAAGAAGUCAUUGAGGUUCGAAAAGACAAGAAAGCACCCGAUCCGAGACUCCUGCGAGCCAUGUUGGCAACGCUCACAUAG